GUUUGUGGAAUCUUGCUUCCCUUUUUUCCAAUCUUUGUUUAUUUGUGUUGAUGCCCUUUGCCUUCUUCUUUCUGGAAUCAGAAGGAUUUGCUGGCUUAAAAAAGGGGAUCAGAGCACGUAUUUUGGAAACACUUGUUAUGCUUAUUCUUCUUGGGCUGCUUGUCCUUGGAAUAGUGUGGGUGGCUUCAGCUCUCAUUGACAAUGAUGCUACCAGUAUGGAGUCUUUGUAUGAUCUUUGGGAAUUCUACCUCCCUUAUUUAUAUUCCUGUAUAUCGUUGAUGGGAUGUUUAUUACUUCUCUUAUGCACGCCAGUGGGGCUUUCACGAAUGUUUACAGUGAUGGGUCAGUUGCUGGUGAAGCCAACAAUCCUUGAAGACCUGGAUGAACAGAUGUACAUCAUCACCUUAGAGGAAGAAGCAAUCCAGAGGAGGAUAAAUGGUGUGUCUUCUACUAUGGAGUACAAUACAGUGGAGCUGAGACAGGAACUUGAAAAUGUGAAGAGCAUGAAAACAAAAUUAGAGCGGCGGAAAAAAGCUUCUGCGUGGGAGAGGAAUUUAGUGUAUCCAGCUGUUAUGAUACUGCUGCUCAUUGAGACGUCCAUCUCAGUCCUCUUAGUUGCCUGCAACAUUCUUUGCCUGUUGAUUGAUGAGACUGCAAUGCCAAAGGGAUCAGGGGGGCCUGGAAUAGGAAGUGCCUCCCUAUCCACUUUUGGUUUUGUGGGAGCAGCACUUGAAAUCAUUUUGAUUUUCUAUCUUAUGGUAUCCUCUGUCGUCGGCUUCUAUAGUCUUCGCUUUUUUGGAAAUUUCACUCCCAGAAAGGAUGACACAACUAUGACAAAGAUAAUUGGAAACUGUGUGUCAAUCUUAGUGCUCAGCUCUGCUUUGCCAGUGAUGUCGAGAACACUGGGAAUUACCAGAUUUGAUCUGCUUGGAGACUUUGGAAGGUUUAACUGGCUGGGAAAUUUCUACAUUGUGUUAUCUUACAAUUUGCUGUUUGCUAUCAUGACAACUCUAUGUCUGGUCAGAAAGUUCACCUCUGCUGUGCGAGAAGAGCUCUUCAAAGCAUUAGGUUUAGAUAAACUUCAUCUGUCGAACAAUGCAAGAGACUCUGAGACAACAAAGCCUUCUGCAAAUGGGCAUCAGAAAACACUGUGAGAAGCAAUCAUCUUCAAUCAAUAGAGCUGAAAACGUCAACCUCAUGACAUUCCUGUCAUCUUCAUCAAAAUAUCUUUGUAUUAAUUUCAUUUGUUAAUUUUGGGUCCAACCUUCUCUCACUUUUCACACUGUGUAUUUCUGAGAAACCAAGCUACUUCCGAUUCUACAAUUUCUGAUUUGUUUUGGUCCAUUUUGUAUACUCCCCAGUCAGUUUAUGCAGGAGGUGCCUUGAAGACUGGAAGCUGAGAAAAAAUAAUGAAUUCCUGUUUGGACAGAGUCUCAUAUUUCUAGAUAUGAUGCCCUACUACCAUGUUAAGUGCACAAUACCUUCUCUGUGAUAUAAAUAUAAUGCUGGUGAACAACUCUGAGACUUGGAAAUAAAGGGUACAUUUGAAGCCCAAUAUAAUCCUAAUUAGGUAUGGUUAGGUGUAUAUAACAGCAAGUCACACUUCUUUUCUACUAAGAAUUCAUUAAAAAAUUGAAGUAAUUUGGAGAGAUCACUGUUACUUUCAUACAGGAUUCACUAGGCUGUAUGUAAUGUUUGGCAUCAUGAAGCACUCUUACAGACCCAGUAUUGUAGGCUUUUUAUUCUUAGUUUUCAAUGAUAGAAGGUAAUUUUUUUCAGUGGUAAUCAGAAGCUGUCUCAUGAAGACUAAUGAACCUCAAGAUAAAUUCUAAUGUACUUCACUGUUAAAUCUGAGCCCAGUAUGCUUUGUAGAAAGCUACGCAGGCCUUUUAUUGUUCUAAUUCAUACAGUACUAUCACUUACAGAAAGUGUUACACCAUAGAGGUCAGUUGCCCUUCAAAAUAUACACACAUCAAAUUCUGUUAAGAGUGAGUGUGUGUGUGUGUGUGCGCGCGCGUGCGUAUCAACACAAGUAGGACAGAUUUUGUCUAGUAGUCUGCGGUUGCACGGUUUCCUUAAAGGUUUUGUCAGUUAAAUCCUGAUGAUGAUGAUGCAGUAUAUUGUAGCUCAGUUGUGCAAGCCACUGUUUUUCACUAAUCUCUUCAGGCCUUAGUUUCUCUCAUAUAUAUAUGUGUGUAUAUACAGACACACACACAGAGGAAUGUUUGUUUAUAGCUCAGUGCAAGCCAUUAUUUUUCACUAAUCUCUUCAAGUCUUUAGUUUCUCCUAUAUGUUAUAUAGUACUAUCUAUCUGUAUAGAUAGUACUAUAUAGAGUGUGUGUGUGUGUGUGUGUGUGUGUGUGUGUGUGUAGUAUAUUAUAGUAUCCUAUAUAUGUUGAAUACUAAGCUUACCGAAAUGAUGCAGUCAGUUGGGUCAGCAAAACCUAUAGUUCAGUCUUUCUUAUGAGUAUGAAGCUUUCUGCAAUGUAACAUGAUUUAGCUGCUCUGAACCCUUAGACCCAGAAUGGCACUGAUGAAGAGAAAUUCAAUAUUUUCUUUAGCAUUGCUGUAGAAUCAGAAGUCCUGCAAGUAGUGUGUGACAAGCACAGGUCGCUGUUAAAAUGUGUGUACUUUUGCCUGUUGUCUAACGCUGCUGCACGAACACUUGACUUGAAAAGAGGAAGUAUAAAGACAUUAAUGAGGACUAUUGCCUGUAUAUGUGUGUUCUGUAGACAGAUCAUGCAAGGUUACCAAAACAUUUUUUGGUAAGUUUAAUGUUUCUUAUUUCAUAUUUAUGUAAAAUUGAAAUAUGUCCACUUGAGGUCUGAGCCCUUUCACUCAAUCAAACCAUGAUAAUGGGCUAAUAUCCAGUAAGAUUCUGAAACAAGUUAGUCUCUUCUGAUGUCAAGUAUCUCUCAUCUGUUCUCUUCCUGAGUAAUGUCUGAGUUCUGGACUUAGGCUUAAUGAAACCUGAGUGAGAUGGGAGCUUAGUGGAGUGCUUCACAAGCAAACCGCAAGCAACAGCCACAAAAAUAAUGGUUUCCUGAAAUGGUCUUUUUGAAUGGAAAUUGGGCAUAAUAUAAAUACUACUGCAAUAAUUUCUGAGCUAUAUCUACUGUUUAUUAAGCUGGGUUUGGGUAUGUUGUACCAUGUCUGAGAGAGUAAAAUUGCUAGUUUUCAUUGAGACUUACAAGCAUCUUUUUCUGUUGCUUACAUUUAUUGUUGAGUUUUUGGACAGCAGAAAUUAUUUUUCUCUCCAUUGAGGCAAAGUUCCAACCAAGAACAGAUAACACCUAAAUUACUUUAAAAAAGAAAAAGAAAGAAUAUGGAUUCACAUUAUAAACAUUAGAAGAUUUAUAAGUAAAGGCAUUGAUUCCUUGUAUCUGUUGAGAGUGUAUGGGCUUAUGCACUAGAAGUGUAAAGGUUGCUAAUAUAAUUAUUCACUAUUUAUCUUUGGAAAUGAUAAUAUGACUAUAAUUGUACCAUAUCCCCACUAGGAGUGUGGUAAACUGUGACAUAUGAUAGGGUUAGUUAAUUUUAUAAAACAUAUUCCAGCUUUCUGUUACAUUGUGACUUUAAGGUAGUUGCCUCAGUAAGAUUUUUUGAUCAGAUCCCCUGAUGAGAUUGUCUGCAUAAAGAUCAAAAAGCAAAAAUUUCUACUCAAGUUCUGGAUGAUAUCUGCCUUAAUUUUGAUCUUCACCUUUCUCUCAGUAGUGAGUCCACAACAGAAACUGUUGGUUUUGUUUUUGAGGGGGUAUGUGUUCUGUCAAUAAUCCAAGAAAAAAAAAAAGUCAGACAAUUCCUCAUGCUUAUAUACGAUUCCUCAAAAUGGAUUGUGUUUAGCGAGUGAGUUGUCUGGAGGCAAACUCCAUUAGAUAGGUUCACAAAUAGUAAGAAUACAAGUUAUAGUAGGUAGGCAAAAAAAGAAAGACUUGCAGUGUUUUCCCCCUUGUCUUAGUAUUUUUCCUUCCCAAAACAAACACUGCAGUAUACUGAUUGCACUCCUUUUAUUGGGUUGUGCUUUGAAUCUUAGAGUCACAGAUAUGUAUUAGUUAAAAAGAGUACUUAGAUAAAGACAUUGUUUACUGGAAAGAAGGCAAAAGUUUAGGUUAAGUGUGGUUCUUAUAGUGGAUUAAUCUUCAGACAAAAUCCAACCUUUCUGUAGCUGCUGACAGUGUCUUAAUGUCUACUUUUUGUAUUAUGACACUGUCUACAUUAAAUGUCCUGAAACUGACAUUCUAUAUGCAAACUUUUUACAGAUACAGUGCUACUUUCAAACAUAAAUAUAACACCUUGGUCGUGUAUUCACAGAAGCGUAAAUUCAUUUACAUAGAAGCAAUGGAGAAGUCAUUAAUGGAUAUUGACAGUGCACUUCCAGUGUUUUGUCUCAUGUAGUCAGGUGGUCUGUAACCUCUUGGUGACAUCAACAUCUGCCUCAUUUUUUAUGAGGCUAAAGCACAGAGAUGCUCCUAUCUGAUAAACAAGAUACACUUUUGGUCUGUGAAUUAAGUGUCUUAAGUUAGCCACCUCUUGGCUUUCUCCUGUGUUGGUAGCACAAUAUUCAAUGCACAAUGGCAGAAUUGUUGUAAUAUGGUGGGAUUUUUAAGUGUAAGCACAUCUUCAGUAUUUACCUUUUAAGGUAAAAAUUAAACUGGUAUGAUGUUACUUUAGAAGUAACGAUUUUUGGAUUCAUAGGAAACUUUGUUUACAGAUUGUAAUGGUGUUUGUUGUUGGCCCUGUUUCUCCAAUAUCUUUUACACAGUUGACUGUUUUAGUGUAAUAGAAAUUAAAGAAUUUAACAAGAAAUUAUUUUGUGUUUUGGUUCAGAAGUACCAUAUUAAAGCUUUAAAAAUAUCACCAACCACAGGAGCUGUGGGAAUAUUAAUCCUCCAUGCUCCCGAAGCCUCUUGUAAUCAUAUACAGCUUAGAGUGUCUCCUGUGUGCUUCAUGCUGUACAAACCAGAGAAGAGGUGGUCCCUGCCCUGAAGAAUCUACAGUCUAAAUUAGACCUGGGUAAGGCAGUCCUUAUUUACUGAAUAUACAUCACAGCACACAUGAGAAAUGGAGAGAAGGUCAAGUUUUCAAGAUGAAUUUUUAUAUCAAAUAUGUGAUUGUCUGGAUGAGUCUCUGCCAAUGUUCACAUACAUUAGGUUGAUGUCUUCCCUAUGGUAAUGUGGGGGACCUAGAGUAAACCAUUUAGUCAUAAAAUAUAACCCUAGCCCUUCCUGUUCCAAAAGAAACAUAAGGAUUUAAGGCCACUUGCUCUCAGUCUGUACUAUUUUUUCCUUGAAUUUCAUAAGUAUAACAUGAUACCCUUUAGCCCAAAUUGUCAAGAGUUUUGCAGAAAGCAAUGGGUGUAUCUGUUCUAGGCAAUUCAGUCUUGUUGCUAUUGUGUUCUAAAUAGCCAUCUUAUUGCAAAGUAUUAAGCACAAAGAGUAUCACUGAAUCUUUUCUUGUAUCUUACAUAUGCUCAGAUGAAACUAGAGCAUGCUGUUUUUAAAACCUACAGUAAAUCGUGUCAUUCAUAUCAAGUGAUUUUACGUGCAUAAUUAGGACCAAUACGGUUAAUUUAAAUAAAUAAAUAAACAAAUAUACUUCAUCUUGUUUGGAAAAACGAAUUAGAUACUUUUAACACUGUGAUCCCUGGCUUUUUCAAAUGUCAAAAUAAGGUCUAAUAGUCAUUGAUAAUGUUGUGAGGGAUAUUCUUGUCAAAAAAGCCAGCAUUUACAGAUACUAAAAUAAAUAUGGCAUUAGCCUUAGAGUAGCAUAUAAAUCAGACUAUCUCUGGUAUUGAAUAAGUGUGCAAAUAUACUGAUUAAAUGUGCCACUGGCAGAAAAGUG